GGGGAGAGUUCCAUCUCCGCGAGAUGCGAGGAGAAUCUUCUAAAGUGAGGGACAAAACUGAGAGAUCGACAUGUGCUACAACGUGCUCACAAGUCGAAUACCGCUCUAGAGUUGAAAGUCUCUCUACUCGGCGGGAGCACGAAGAUUGAGAAGUCUCUUCGGGAUUAUUUAUUAAUUUAUACUAUCAAGUACAAAUAGUGAUAUGUGGAAGAAUUAAUUUAUUUCCAAAAGUAAAAAAAAAAUUACAUAAUUUCUCAGUCACAGUAAUUUGCUUCAUAAUUUGAUGGACAUAGAUUUUCAUAUAUGAUAUUCUAUUAGUAAUAGGUACCAAAUAUAAAAAUACAUAAGCGCAUGGUAAGUAAAGCUUUAUCAGGUAAGAUUCUAAAGCUCUCUGUAGUCAUAAAAUCAUCAAAAAAUUAAAAUAGUAUGAUAAUUAAAUUAUUGUGUGAAAAAUAUGUGUUACAUGUAAUUUCGCCGCGUUUUUUUAACGAUAAAACUUUCAGACUAGUCACAGAAAUAUUCGCCGUGUAAUUGAGCAAUAAAGAUUUUACUUAAUUUCAUGAGAGCUCAUCAACUGUUUUACUUAAAUCUCUAAGUCUUAAACAAAACAAUCUAUUUUAUCACACACAAUUGUACACUAUAUCGCAAAGUAUUGAGAUAUGACAAGAGAGGGAGAGAAGAAUGGGAAUUCUUCCCAUUUAAAUAUGAACUUUUCUUGCUAUUAGAAGUUAUAUAAUUUGAUAACUGAACUGUUGCCCAACUAAAUCUUGCAUACUUGAAUCAUAUUUUCUUAAUUUUUUUUCAAUUUUUUUAAUCAAUGUAUACGCUUCAAAUUCAAUACAUGAUGUAAACAAUAAUUUAUUUUUCGUUGUUAUUUUAUCUCUUUUAUUAUACAUACAUUUCUAGGUCUCUUCAUGGAUAAAUUAUAAUUAUUUUUUUUUUCUAAAGCUGAAUUCUUAUACUGGCAUCAUUUUAAUAAUAAAUGUAAAAAAAUACAGAAUACGUAGCUGAUAAUUCUAUUGAAACGAAUACGCGAUUUACAUGUAUUAUAUAAGUUAGAAAUAAUUAUUUCUAAUGACUAUCGUUGAGUAUUAAUAAAUUGGAAAUUAGUGCAUAUUUAGCUCGUUUAAUUUAUGUAUGAUAAUUUCAUAAUUUCUCUAAUGUUAAUGUCUUCGUUCCUCCCUCUCUUUCGAUAAGUUUCAUCAUGAUGGGGCAUUAGCGAUAACAUACUCAGAGGUGAAGGAGAGAGCAUUUUUCUUUUAGUUAACAGCACGUGUAAAAUCAAAUCGCUGCUAUUGGAUCUCUGUCAUUCCGAAGGAAACGUCGGUGGCGCGCCUUUGCAACCCGUUCGCAGCAGAUCAUCCUGGUUGUAUUCCAGCACAUUCCCUCGUACGAGAAUAUAAGCACCGCACAAAUGGCUGAAGACUUAAGAGAAGGAUUACUAUUAGGCAUGGGAAAUCCUCUUCUUGAUAUUUCAGCAACUGUAGAUUUUGAAUUUUUAAAAAAGUAUGAUUUAAAGCCUAAUAAUGCUAUUCUCGCCGAGGAAAAGCAUAAACCUUUAUAUGAGGAAUUAAUUGACUUGUACAAAGCUGAUUUUAUUGCGGGUGGAUCUGUACAGAAUACCAUGAGAGUAACACAAUGGUUCCUGCAAAAACCAAAAGUCGCCACUUAUAUGGGAUGUGUUGGAAAAGAUAAAUAUUCAAAGAUUCUAGAGGAUAAAGCAAUCACGGAUGGUUUAAAUGUUCGGUAUCAAUAUACUGAUCAGGAACCAACUGGAACAUGUGCAGUGCUUAUUACGGGAAAAGACCGCUCCUUGUGUGCUAAUUUAGCAGCAGCAAAUUGUUUCUCACCAUCGCACAUUGAAAAGCCAGAGAACAAGCACUUGAUAGAUAUUGCAAACUAUAUAUACGUAUCGGGAUUUUUCUUGACAGUUAGUCCAGAAUCCAUACAAAUAGUGGCUAAACAUGCUUGUGAAAAUAAUAAAAUUUUUAUGAUGAAUCUUAGUGCUCCAUUUUUGUGCGAGUUUUUUCAAAAGCCAAUGUUAGCUGCAUUUCCCUAUGUGGAUCUCUUAUUUGGUAAUGAGACAGAAGCGGACGCAUUCGCUAAAAAGAACAAUUUUAAUACAACAGACAGGAAGCAAAUUGCACUGAAGAUAUCAAAUAUGGAGAAAAUCAAUGAUAAAAGAAAAAGAAUAGUUAUCAUAACACAAGGUGCUAAAGCAGUACUUUUAGCCAAAGAUGGAACAGUAACAGAAUAUCCUGUCAUAAAAUUACCAGAGGAUAAAGUUGUAGAUACCAAUGGUGCUGGAGAUGCUUUUGUUGGAGGUUUUAUUGCACAAUUUAUACAAGAUAAAAAUAUAGAAACAUGUAUAAAAUGCGGCAUUUGGGCGGCAACGCAAAUUGUACAAAGAUCCGGAUGUACUUACGAGGGAAAGCCGAAUUUCCAAUCUUGAUCAAUGUCAACUUAGCAGCAAGUUGGAAAUUGUGUACUUAAUAAACAUUUUGACAUUUUUUUU